AUGUUUUGUGAGGGAGGAUCAAUUUUACAUGCCACCGAUCAGAUUAAGGUUGAAGACGCAUCUUUGAAAUGUAACGACAUUGAAGAAUGCUCCUUUUUUUGUCAAACAAACGAGAAGGAUUAUAAUGUCAGUGGUACCCGUAGGAUCGGCCGGAUGAUUGAACGGGUUCUGUCUAAGGCCGGCGACGGAAUCCCUAGGUCAUCUGUCAACUGGCUAUGUUCUGGCCACAACUGGGGACGACUUUUUGUCAAGAAUGGCUGGAUAACCGGUGUGAAAGGCGAUACUAUUCGCAAAAUGAAUCCACUAUUCCAAUUUAGCAUGAAUACUAAGGCCGAAUGCGAAGAUGGUAAUCUACUCGACUCUGCUAAGAACCUCUCAGUUAACUCUUCCUGCGAACUAUGUAAAAGCAUGAAGUCUUGUACUUUUUUUACCCUGUCAUUUGUCGUUGAUGAUAAGAUGAUGUCCUUCGCAACCAUGACCAAUUUUUGCAAAGGUUCUCCAACUAAUUUAAAUGCCACCAAUGGCAACUUGUUGGCGGUUCUUCACGAGAUCGAUAAGGAAGCCUCCGAGAAGGGCGAUAGGAUCUCCAGGGAGACUGCGACUCCCGCGUACUACUACGGCGGACCCAUUACCGGCGACCACUACUACGACGACCUCAAGAGGGGCUCAGUUGUCCCAGCAACUAAGUUGUAA